AUGGGAGUGGAGGACGUUAUUAUUGGAAAACUUGUAGAGCAAGUGUUCACAGCUCUCAUGGCUCAAGCUCAAUUUGCAAUUGAGUUCAGAAGUCAUUUUGAAGCUAUGAAGACCCAGCUCGAUCUUAUCAAAGCUUUUCUUGCUGACACAAAUAACCUAAAAAUUAAGAAGGAGACUCUCAAGACAAGCUUGAUCACGCUGAGAGAUCUGGUUUACGAAGCUGAUGAUGCAUUGACAGAUUGCAUCCUGAGAUAUGAAUAUCAGAAAGAUGGGUCCUGCACCAAAUACACACCUCCUGAAUUUUUCUUCAGGUAUCAAAUGGGCAAGCAACUGAAGGACAUAAAUUCACGCAUGGACAAGAUGGGGACUAACUUGAGCUUAUAUUUAACUCCACAGCAUAUUCUAUCCUUGGGAGAAAACACAUACCGAGCUAGGUUAUUUACCUCGCAGGAUUUUGACCCAUCUGAGAUUGUUGGACUGGAAGAUGAUAUUCAAAAGCUAAAACAGUGGGCUUUUAGCACGAGCGGAGUGUUCCAAAGAAUUGGCAUUGUGGGGAUGGGGGGCUUAGGUAAAACCACCAUUGCACAAAAUUUUUUUGACGAUAAGGUGGUAUCCUGUUGCUUUGAAAAGAGGAUCUGGGUGUCUGUUUCUCAGGAUUUCAGCGAGGAAAGGUUGAUCAGGAGCAUAUUGGAACAGUUGGGACAAAAUCCCUCGACAGGUUCUGACCUCGGCCAAAUGUUGCGUAUUAUAAACCAAUCCCUUCAAGGUCAGAACUGUCUCAUUGUCAUGGACGAUGUUUGGAGCUUUAAUCAAGACUGGUGGAGUAAGCUAUGUUCUGCUAUACAGAAAACAGGAAAGAGAAGUUGUGUCCUAAUCACAACAAGAAAUGAAGAUGCAGCAACCCUUAUGGGUGUUGAAAGUUCACGUAUUCACCAUCCAAAAGUUCUUGAUAAGAAGGACAGCUGGUCAUUGUUCUGCAACUUUGCCUUUUCCGAGACCAAGGGGACAUGUCCUAAUCUCCAGUUUGAAAAAGUGGGCAAAGAAAUUGUGGGAAAAUGCGGGGGGCUUCCUCUGGCAAUUAAAACAAUAGCAGCCUUGCUUGCACCAAAAGUUCACAACCUGGGUGACUGGAAGGACAUUCUUGAUCACUUCCAUGAAUUGACUACUAGGGAACAGAAUAGCUCAGUUAAGGCUUCUUUGCAAUUGAGCUAUGAUGCACUCCCUACACACCUGAAGCAAUUUCUUCUGUGCUUUUCAAUUUAUCCAGAAGAUUUCGUGAUUCAAGCGGAGCAAUUAGUGCAUUGGUGGGUUGGCGAGGGCUUCAUCCAGGGCGAUCACUCAAAAACUGCAGAGGACUUGGGAUAUGAAUAUUUGACGGAGCUAGUCAGAAGAUGCCUUGUUGAAGUUGUGGAGAGGCGUGGCUAUGAUGGAAGAGUCUACAGCUGUAAGAUGCAUGAUUUGGUACGUGAUUUAACAAAUAUGAUUGCUGAAGAUGAGAUGUUUUGUAGCUUUGAAGCAGGCAAGCAGAAAUUGUCACCAGAUUCGCGAUGGUUGAGCUUCACGAGUGAGAUGAGCACAACACCAUUAAAGUCUUGUUCAAAGCUCAGGGCAUUGCUAUUAAUGGGCAUGGGUCAAGGUCAGGUUCCUUUUCAUAAGAUUCAUAUGGUGUCGCUUGACUCUCUCAGGGUGUUGGAUCUCUCUCACAUCAGGUUAGAUAGCACUUCUAUGGAGAAGCUUUUGAGCUGGAUUUUUUCGCUCAAACGCCUGGCAUAUCUAAAUCUUAGUGGAGCUGUUGACCUUAAAGAAGUACCAUCUUCAAUCCGGAAACUUCGUAACCUCCAACUUUUGAUAUUCGCUGGAUGCAGUAAUUUAACCAAACUGCAUCCAUCAAUCUCUUAUUUGAAGAAUCUCAUAGUCCUGGACUGUGGAUCUUGUGGUCUCCAAUACCUACCCCAUGGAAUUGGAAACCUCUCUAAACUUCAAGAAUUGUCAGGAUUCAGGGUGGUACGUCAAUCAACAACACAAAGUUGCCAUCUGCUUCAGCUACAACAACUGGUCCAACUAAGAGUACUUCGAAUGAACCUCAAUGAUGAAAGCGAAAUCAUUGAAAGUGAAUUGGAUGUCUUAUCAACGCUUGUGAAACUCAAGGUUCUAGCCAUCAACACUGAAGAUUGUAAAGAUAAAAAAGUCUUAGAGAUGCUAGAUAAGCUACGCCCUCCUCCAAGCCUUCAGGAGUUAUAUCUGAGGCGCUACCGUAACGAAAUUUUGCCUAAAUGGAUUAAUCCUACGAAGCUUUCCGUUCUGCGGUACUUCUGCAUUGAGAAUGGAGACCUUAGCUUCAUCAACCCAAAUGCUCAUACCGAGGAAGAGAAUGCCUCCUCUUGGAACUACCUUGAAGGUUUGUGUUUGAAAUUCUUGCCAAACUUGGAGGAAGACUGGAGCGAGUUACAGAAGACGAUGCAGUCGAUACGUUACAUUGAGGUUAGCAAUUGUUUCAAUUUGAAAAAUUUUCCAUGUUCUGUUAACAAGCCUGGGAUCUGGAGGAAAGUUGAUGAUUAA